CCCGCGUUUCCGGGGAGCCGGUUCUCCCAGGGCCCGCCGAGGAAUCCCAGCGCGCCGACCCGGUAGUUCGGCACCACUACGACCAGGUCGCCGAAAGCGGACAGGUCGCCGCUCGCGGUUCGUGCCAGGGUUCGCAUCGCCCGCCAGCCAUGAGGAACGGUGAACCCCCCGAGACGUGGACGACCACGAGCUCCUACGAGACGGCGCUUACCACGACAUCCAGAAACCGCGACAAAGAGUCCGCCAAAGAGCAAGCCAGAGAGGGCAGUGCCCGCGGAUCUUUGCCUUCGGCAGCGUUGGCUCCGGUUUCUGAGACCAUGCCCGAAUGGCUCGAGUCGCCGGACCCCGGUUCUGACCUGGCCGAGGAGUCAACCGGCGGUAUGACCUUCAAGUGCUCGCCUGCCGUCAAGGUGCCGAGCGACCAGUGGUUACCGCGUCGCCUUUCGCAGCUGGGAAUACCGUACGUACCGCGAACGGGCGAGAAAACGUCCACAGAACCUUCUCGGGAACCUUCCAAAGAGACAUGUGGGGAACAUUUCGUGAAGCUUUCCGGAGAGCCUACGAAGGAGCCUUCCAAGAAACAUUCGAAGGAACCAUCCAAGGGAACUUCCAACGAACCGUCUAAGGUGACUGCCAAGGAGACCUUGAAGCAACCAUGUGAGGAUCCAACCAGGAAGUUUUCGAAGCAGCGUUCCAAAGAACGUUCCAAAAAGUCACCUCAAGGACACUCCGAGACGCCCGCUCGGGAGCUUUCUAAAACAACUUCCAACGAACUGCCCGACGGACCAUACAAGGAAAUUUCGAAGGAACCUUCCGAGCAAACGUCCUGCGGACCUUCGAGAAAAAGUUUGGUGGAGCCGUCUAGGAAAUCUUUCGAAGCAGCUUUCAAGAAAUCUUCCCAGCGAGCUUCGAAGGAACAUUGCAAGGAGCCGUUCGCGGAACUGUUCGAGAGGCCAUCCACGGAACCUUCAAAGGCAGCCUCUAGGGACCCCCCUGCAAAAUCUGUAGAAUCAUUCGCACGAGCUUCCGCGGAACCCGCCACUGAACGAACAGCCGCUCGGACGGUGACAUUGACAGACGUCAGUCUUAGCGCGGACACUGGGAUUCGUCAUCUGACCUCCGAAGAAAUAGCAGGCCACGGCGAAGACAACACCUCUGCUUCCGUGGUUGAGGCGCACACCGAGAAAGGGACUGCCCACGCGAGGGUCACUAGAAAGGACGCCACGCGUAGCUUGGCAGCCAGGUCACCUCCACGGACGGAGCGCUUGCGAACGACAAUGCUGCUGUCCGGAGCCACCUCGCCGUUCACAGUGGGCAGCGCGGCUUCCGUCGGGAGGAGGCCUCGCGAAGACGAUGCGAGCGAACCCAAGGAAGAACCCAGGGUGGAUGAACCCGAGCUGCAGCGCGCAGUUGAGUCGGGCAUGGAUCCCGGAGCCAAGCCGAAGAUCGAGCCCCUCGUGCUGCCCAGCUCAGAGCACAGGAUGCUCGAGCCGUCACUUCUCCCGCCGCGGUCGCCACCUGGACGCAGGGAUCUGCACCAACCUCUGAAGAUGCGCGACCUGAGGGACAGGCCCAAGGCUAAACGGUCUCUCUGCAACAGACUAUUCGCGCCUGGACUGACCGUCGUGUUGGUGCUCACCAUAGCAGUUUUGAGCAUGGCCCUCAUGGAACACUGGUGGAACCGCGACCGACCGAUGGCCAGGGGCUUGUUCGGCGCCGUGCGUGGGGAGAAGAUCGUGGUCAGCGACCAGGGACGCCAGUGGACCGUGCACGCCUUCCUGGGCGUGCCGUUCGCCAAGGUGCCCCGAGGACCUCUGCGCUUCAAGCCGCCGCAACCGCUGGACACGCCACUGGGGAGGGAGGAGAGCGGGAACACCCUGGACAGCCUGACCAAGCGGCCGCCCUGUCCGCAGCAAGACUUCUACCUCGGUCAGCAGUUGGUCAACACCGCCAAUGGAAGUGAGGACUGCCUGCACGUCAACAUCUGGGUGCCGGCUCGAAAUUGCUCGCCCGAUGCGGAGCCCGGCUCGUGCCGAGGGAAGACCGUGCUCUUCUUCCUCUACGGGGCGUCCUUCCAGAACGGCGGGAACAGCUUCGAGCUCUACGACGGCCGGUACCUGGCCGCUUUGGGCGACCUGGUGGUGGUCGUGCCGAACUACCGGGUCGGGGCGCUGGGCUUCCUGAGCGGCCCGUCGGCCAACACGUUGCCGGGCAACGUGGGCCUGCACGACCAGCGGCUGGCGCUCUCGUGGACGCUGGCCAACAUCGAACACUUCGGCGGAAACGCGUCCCGCUUGGUGCUGGCGGGUCACGACGCCGGGGCGUCGUCCCUGGGCUACCACCUGUUCAGCGGGGACUCGCGCUUCUGGACCCGCAGCGUCACUCGCUUCAUCCUGCAGAGCGGGGGACCAUUCCACAGGUACGGAGGUGAUGGCGUCAAAGGUACCAUUCGUCUGGCGACCAGCGUCCAAUGCGUCGCCGACUUGGUGACCGAGGAGUCGCUGCGGUGCCUGCAGAACGCGUCCGUGGAUGCGCUGGCCCGUAGCAAGAUGGCGCCCACCUUCGUGCCCGUGUUCAAGAGGGCGCCACUGUCGAGGCCGCAAAUACGGCUGGCGCUGGAGACACCGACCUCACAAGCGUCGGGGCCCCAGGGCAAGCAGUUCCUGCUGGGCAGGGUGCAGAACGAGGGCUCCUACCCGUGGUUCGUCGAGCAGCAACGCACCGGCUCCGGCGAUCCCCAGCAGCUCGCCGCGCGGCUGAUCGGACAGGACGGCCUCGAUCGCUGGCAGAAUGCCACGGGCGUCGUGCUCGAUCCGACCGUCGCCGACGAGUCGUACCAGGAGGCCGUAGGGGACGUCCUGGUGAGCGCCGUGACGGACAGCUCUUCUUCGUUUCCAUGGUCGCGCUUCCGGCGGACUACUGCGCGAGGCGUGCCCAAUGUCCCAGCUGGCCGAGCGGCUGCACGCGUGGAAGAACCGCGUGUACGCCUACGUGCUGGGAUACCGGCCCACGUACUCCAGCUGGACGGACGAGGCCGAGGCCGUCCACUUCGAGGACGUGGAGCUGGUGUUCGGCGUGCCGCUCAGGCCCGGCGCCCCCUCUGGCGAGCUCGACAAGCAGUGGUCCAGGACCAUGAUACGCGUGUGGUCCACCUUCGCGCGGACGGGGUUCAACCUCGGCACUGGGAACUGCAUUCUCGAGGUCGAGUCAUCUAUACUCGUUGUUCUAGGAACUAUAUGGCUGACGAGACACCGAAAGAAGACUCCAAGAGGAGGCAGCUAAGUGAAGCGGAGAAGGAUGAUACCGGCGCAUCGAGCGAAUCAUCUUACACGAAGCGUCACCGUCGCAAAACGUCAAGGCACGGAUCAAGGCAAGGUUCGAGGCUGUCAGGUCGCAUGUCUUCACGACGUAGCUCUUCACGACGUGAGCUCAAAUCGCCUACCGACGCCGCGCCUGAAGCAUCGUCCUCGGACGCGGAACAGUUCGCUGGCUUUAGCUGGACGUCGCCCGAAAGUGAUACGACCAUCUCCAACGAGGAGUCGCGCCUGAAGUCGCCCAGUGACCGGCGCCACGCCGGUACUUCCGAGACUACGUCACCCGAAAAGCUGGCCACGAGAGCGGCGCCUCGGAAGACGCCGUCCGAUGCUAGUGACGUGGACAUCGACGAGGGUGCAGCGUCAGCUGAGAACGCUACCCAGCCGGUGCCCACAAAUCAAUGGCUGUCGACCGACCUAACGGGUGCUGUAAGUGAUGAGUCAGCCGGGAAGCAGCAGACAAGGUCAGUCGUUACGUCAGCACAAAACUGGGCAAAAGCGUCGGUUGCGACGGGCACGGAAACGAACCCGAAACCUGCUGAGAUGCACGACACGGGUUCUUCCGAGACCUCACCGCAACAGCUUCUUGAAAAAUCGACUGUUGCUUGCGAUGGCUCGUCACCGACGACCGAAGCGCGAUUCGCGAGGUCUUCUGAAACGUCACCCGAGACGUUGGAAGGAAAGUCGACGGCAAAGACGAGCGACCAGUCAAGUCCGACGUCAGCCGAAAAGAUUUCGGAGACGAAGUCGGACAUGGCAAGUCACGAGUUAACUGUGGAGCCUGCUGGGAGGGAACAGAUAACGUCGGGGCAUGGGACGUCUCCUCGGGAGCCAGCGCAGAAGUCUCCCAUAUACUCAAGCGACGAGACAAUCUCGGAGACCGCCGAAGAGCGGGUCGCAAGGUCACAAGGAUUGCCCAAGGCAAGUGAAGCGUCAACCUCGAAGCCUUCUGGGAAACAUCGCAGGAGUUCAACUGCGACGUCGCCUUGGAAAUCGCCUGAAAGAUCAAAUCUUCCAUACGACGUGUCAGCCUCGAAGACCCCUGAGGAGCGAACCGCAGGUUCGACUCCGGCGACGCCUCUGAGGUCGAUCUUGAAGUCCGGCAAGGCGAGUGGAGCGGGCUCCCCGAAGCCACACGAGAAGCAAGACACCGCGUCGACGUCGCCUCGGAAGUCCGUUUCAACGCCGCGAAUGUCACGUCACCACUCAGACUUCAAUAGUGCUAAACAUCGAUCCACAAGGUCGAUCUCGACGUCGCCUAUAACGUCGAUCAAAAAAACGACGAAGCGAAGUGAAGAGUCGUCAGAGAAGCUCGGGCAGAAGCGGGACGCGAGACGGUUGCCGACGUCUCCCGACGGGUCAGCUGACAGAGUCGUCGUGAUUGAAGGCGAGAGCGCAGUGAAGUUGCCAACCGACGGGGAGGUCGACACCUGCGCUUCUGAGGCGAUCUCGGCGGCCGAGGACCACGGACAUCGCCGAAAGCCGUGCACGAGGUCAGUCGGGACGUCGCCCAUAGACUGGGGCGAGGCGACGCCGGCGAAGUCUCCCGACGCAGCCACGUCGGACGACGCGACGGGCGUGGACAGCGACGCGCUUAGCGACCGCAAGAAGGCCUCGUCGUUAGCCCGAGAGCGCGAGUUUCAGCAAGAGGCCAUGAGGGUGAUAAUGAAUGACCGGCUCGUGGUGGCAGGACUGUUGUCCGCGCUGGCGUUUCUGCUCAGCGUGCGCAUGCUGAAGGUGGCCCGCUACACCGACGUGGUGACCAUGGAGGGCACCCUGGUGGGCCUGCUCGUUCGCAGCAGUCGCGGAGUCGCCGUGCGGCGCUUCCUGGGCGUGCCGUACGCCAAGAGCACCGCCGGCAGCCAUCGGUUCGGCAUGCCCGUGCCGCUGCACCAUUUUCCCGCCUUGCAUUACGAGGCCCUGGAGCACGGACCCCCGUGCAGCCAGUGGCUCAACGACACCGUGGUCGGCUCCGAGGAUUGUCUCAGCCUCGCCAUCUGGGCGCCCGCCGCGAGCGAAUCGACGGCGCGAAGGAAACCCGUCGUCGUCGUGCUCACAGGCGAGUGGUUUCAGACCGGGUCCAACAGCGACCACGACUGGACCGAGCUGGCGGCGCUGGCCGACUGCGUGGUGGUGUCCGUCAACCAUCGGCUCGGGGUCAUGGGCUUCUUCAAGCCGGACUCGUCGGACGUCGUGUACGACGUCGCCUUCAAGGACCUGCAGCUCGCCGUCGACUGGACGCGUCGCAACGCCGCGGCCCUGGACGGAGACCCCGACGCGCUGAUGGCCCUGGGCCACGGCUCGGGCGCCUUCAUGCUCGCCACCACGAUGAUCUCGCGUGAGCGCCACGUGGGCUUCAGGCGGAUGCUCCUCCAGGGUCUAUACCCGACCAUGCCCCUCAGCCUGAACACUCCUUCCAUGGGCCAGGGCUACAUGAACAGCAUGGCGAGGUUCCUCGGCUGCGAAUCGGACGAUCCCAGCGAACUGUUGUCUUGUCUGAAGGAGGCCCCCCAGGAACAGCUGCUCAAGGCAGCGCGCUACAUCGACAUCCCUCUAAGGUUCGUGCCGAGCCGCUUCGAAGGGUACAGGGUAGGGGCCAUCUCGGACCAUGACGUCUGGAAGUUCGACGCCGAUGUCGACGUCAUCCUGGGCAGCGUCCUGUCCCUGGGCGAGCAGUUCAAUGACGAGUACUUGCUUCCCUACUCCGCUAGACUCAAGAGUGCCUACAACUCGGAGCACUUCCUUCGGAGCGUCUGUUUGUUCCUCAAGGAGCGAGCCUGCACCAUCAGGGGCGGUGCGAACCGCACGGAAGCGGCGCUGUCCGUGAAGGGUGUGACGGAGCAGCAGCUCGAAGAAGACAUGGCCCACCUGUGGACGACAUGCGCCUCGCGCGCCAUGGCCGACGUGGCGGUCCUCAAGAACGCCACCGUACGCCACUACGCGGCCGCCGCCUCUGACGGUCUGUUCGACCCUCCGCUCACGCUCGCCGACGUGGCCGCAUUCCUCAAGACAGGCGCAGUGCCAUCCCUGAAAAGCGGCCUUCCGUGGCCGGUGUACGAGCGAGACGGUGUGUCGCGCAACGCCCUGUGGCCAAACUCCAGCGAGGAGACCAUCGGGGAAGCCGCCAACGAGAUUUGCAGCAGGACGCGGGCGUUCGCCCAAUAUUUGUACUGAACGUCGCUGCGAUGCCGAGGAACGCGGUCACGUUUGUCGGCUACGCAGGUAGCCAUCGUGCGUGUGCAUGUCAGGGGCCGUUGUUUGCGAAUGAUAGUAGCCGCCACGCAAGCUCAAGGAACUAUGGGAAAAAAUGUUUGAUUUAUAUAUA